GGACAAGGUCACCCCUGCAGACAGAAGUCUGUGAGCUGUCAGACCAGUCGGACGUACGAACGUUGUUGCACUCUGAAUUGCACUCUGUGCUAAUCGUGUGUGUAGUGUUACAGUUUUAUUCGGUGAAAAGACACGUUAAAGGGGUUAGGAGCAAUGACUUCACUAAAAGACAAACUUUUAUGCACGGUGGUAGAGCCGAUCUCCACCGGCAGAAACAAGGUCUCCAUAGUCGGCGUCGGUCAAGUCGGAAUGGCUUGCGCCAUCAGCAUCCUGACAAGCCACGUUUCCAACGAAGUGGUGCUCGUGGACGUUAUGGCUGACAAGCUGAAAGGGGAGAUGAUGGACCUGCAGCACGGCAGCUCCUUCUUGAAGAACGCAAAAAUUAACGCCAGUACGGAUUACGCGGCCACGGCUAACUCGAGCCUCUGCAUCGUGACGGCUGGUGCUCGUCAAAGAGAAGGAGAGUCGAGGCUGGACCUGGUUCAACGGAAUACAGACAUCUUCAGAGGCAUCAUUCCCCAGUUAGUCAAAUAUAGCCCGAACACGAUCCUACUGAUCGUGUCCAACCCGGUGGACAUCUUGACCUACGUGGCUUGGAAACACUCCGGUCUACCUAAGAACCGUGUUAUCGGAAGCGGUACCAAUUUGGACUCGGCACGAUUCCGAUUUCUGUUGUCCCAGAAACUCAACGUCGCGCCCACUUCCUGUCACGGUUGGAUUAUUGGAGAACACGGCGAUACGAGCGUGCCGGUAUGGUCGGGAGUGAACGUCGCAGGUGUAAGAUUGCGCGAUCUGAACGAGCACGUCGGUACCGACAAGGACGAGGAGCAGUGGGGCUGUGUCCACAAGCAGGUGGUCGAAAGCGCCUACGAGGUGAUCAAACUGAAAGGCUACACGUCGUGGGCGAUCGGUUUGAGCGUAUCGCACCUCGCCUCGGCGAUAUUGCGAAAUUCUAAUCAAGUUCACGCUGUGUCUACCUUGGUUACCGGUUUCCACGGGAUCGAGGAGGAUGUGUUCCUAUCGCUACCGUGCACUUUGGGCGAAGGAGGUGUAACGUGUAUUGUAAAACAGAAGCUAACAGAACAGGAAGUCGCUUGUCUGCAAGAAUCGGCUGCAAAGAUGUACGAAGUUCAGAAAGACUUGAAGUUUUAGAAGUUUCGUUGGAAUUUUGGGUGCCGAAAUAAUCAUUUCGUGACGAUAAAUUGAAUUUCACGCCCGUUUCGUUAUUUGAUUCUUCUUUAUAUGCACAAAAAACGGGCAUCCUUCGUUACUACUUACUUUUCGUUACUUAUUCUUUUUUAUACGUAUACAUAUAUAUGUACAUGUCAUAUUUGAAACGUAUUUAAAUCGCCAAACGUGUUUCGAACGCUAUGGCGCGCUCGAUUACGCACGAUACUUUUGGUGCAGUGUAUGUGUGUGUGUUACUACGAAGUAUUAUCUUGUGUUCGUUGUUGUUAAAGCUUUACAUUUGUAAAGAUUUGUAAUGUUUACCAGUGAUUUUACGUGACAGUAUUCUAAUACGAUGAAUGUGAACGUUUGUUAUUUAAAUACGGAAUAAGAUACUUAACUACUAAAUCGACGUACAAAAGACACCAAACACGAGCAAUCGUAAGUCAGUCAACGGCAAAUACUUCAAGUUAUUCUCCUAUUUUUACAUGGUGCUCUGUGUAAAAGUAUAAUACAAAUUUAGCAAAUUUUGAAUAACGUAUCUCAUAGUAUUAACAUUGAUUGACUAGGCGUUUUCGUACAAUCUUGAUACCAUGAACCUCGUCUGAACGUUUCCUGUUGAUGAACAUACGUCCGUUUCUUGUAUGUUUAUAAGAAUAUUUUAAUAAAUUAACGUUAUGAGUA